AUGUUCCCAAUCCCUCCCUCCCCACCCCAUCCAUCACUCCCCCCCACCCGCACCCCCAUUAUCCCUCCUCCACCCCUCCACCCACCGCUCCACCCUCUCCAAAUUCCCCUCGACAUCCUCGGCACUAUCACUCCGCAACUCGACCACAAUCUCCUCCCUGUAGGCCUCGCGCGCCUCAUCCAGCAAGACCUGCAUAAUCUCGCUGUCCAUGUUCUCCUCGAGCUUCUUUCCCUUGUAGCCCCGGGCCGUGAGCCGGUCGUAGAGGACGGUGGAGUCGCAGCGCAGGACGAUGACGAGGUCGAUCCAGCUCUCGGGGAAGAGGUCGCAGGCGUGCCAGUCGAGUAUGUAGCCGCCGGUUGUGUGGAGGGGGAGGGAUUCUAG